GGCGCGAAGUCCUCCUCGCGUCUUCCUCACGAUCGAGCAAACAGAUGAGCAAAGUGCUAGACUUCCAAAACGGUAAAUAUACGAUGGGAACUUCCCCUUCGCCAGUUGCUACAAAAGCUCACAGAAAGCAGCCAUGGCCAAAGCAUCCCGAGCCCCCACCAUUGUCCUGAGCCACUCGCUGCUUUUGCGCCCUUUGCUUCUUCCAUACCACCGCAAUAACCCACUAUGCCCGCCGUCCGCAACGUCCGCCGCUCACGUCGUCUGUCCGCUCAGCCAUACGGACAUGUAGGAACCGACUGGGACGGUCUCGCCUUCUACCCAUCCGCAGAUUCCGAGGCCCCUAGCCCCCUCUCCCCUCCCGAUUCUGCGCCACACACGCCACUUGCCGUGCCACUCACCUUUCGAGAGGAGGUUCUGGCCUCAUGCGCUGCCGUGGCCUCUCUCGUCACUCAUUCCUCCGAAGAGUAUCGCGCUAUCGUCACCACCAGGCAUGGUCGCAAGCGUAAGGCAGGCCACAUCCCGCGUCCUCCGAACGCCUUCAUGAUCUAUCGCUCUCACAUGUGGUCGCAGCGUAAGAUCACUAGCACCCUCGAGCGCGACCAUCGCAACAUCAGCAAGAUCGUGGGCCAUUGCUGGAACAAACUCGACGAGCAACAGCGCGCUCCGUACAGGGCCAUAGCUGAUGAGGCCAAGCGUCGUCACGCAGAGCUUUACCCCGACUACAAGUACGCACCUCUCAGUCGGAGGGAGAAGGCGCCGAAACGGAAGGUCAAGGGUGACUCUGGCAGCGAGGAGGCACGCUGCAAGACGGUUGCGGCACUGCUCAUCAGUGGUAUAGAGGGAGUCGCUCUCGAGGACGAGAUGACGAGGUUGAGCUUGGAAGCCGCCACUGCCGAUAACAUGGAUGGCGACGAUUCCGAUUACGCUCCGCGCAAACCUCGCAAGGCUUCACGUUCCUCCUUCUCUCGUCCCUCUACCACUCGUCGUCGCUCGGGUCCUGUUAAGAAGGUCAAGUCUCGUCGACAGAUCAAGCGUGAGGUGCCGAACACCUCCGUCAUCGAAAGCCCCGUUCCCGUUCAGGCUUCCACUCCCGACUCUGUGCCCACUAAUGAGGCCUCUUCGUCGCUCUCUGAGAACGAGACUGGAUACGUAUCCACCGAGGCGAUACCGCCUCUAGAUCUCUCUGAGGCAACUGUCAAGGCUGUCCAGGAGACUCUGCCCGCAAACCUCACGCCCCACUACGUUGCAGACUUCAUUGGACUUCAUCUUCCCGCCCUUUCCCCGGACACCUUUUCAUCCUCCUCCGACUCGUCUCCGUUCCUGCCCACCAUGUCCAACGACUACGAGCCUUUCUUCGACAGCUCCUCUCCCGAUGCCUGGGACCCUACUAGGGCUCCCGGCCUCUUCAUGCAGAAUGACUGCUUUGAAGAUUAUGCUGGAGAGGGUUCGACUAACUUCUUCAACAGCUGGAGCUGGCCUCAAGCUGCAUGCGAAUCUUUCCCUCGUUCUGCAAGCCCGUGCCUCGACCCCAAGGACGUAUUCAUGCCGGAUGUCCUGCAAUUCGAUUGAUCUUGAGUUCAGAGCCUUAGGCUGGUUUCCCUCGUUCCCUCGAUGUCUCCUCCAGUUACACUCAUGCCCAUUAUGUUUCCCUGUCUCCUUCGCGCCUGUUUAUACGACUAGCCCCAUGCCUUCCUAUGCUUCAUCAUUAUCCGUUGUGUCUACUUAUCGUCAUCGUGUAUCUCUACGUCCGCUUUCUGCUCGUUCGAUUUAUCAACGAUAUCUUUCCCUUCUAUGUGCAGUCUGUCCCAUCCUAUCUCAUCGAUCUCAUCUCAUAAAAC